GCCGCCGCUUCUCCGCCCCGGCGCUACGGGGGUCGGGUCGCGUCGCGCCGGUCCCGCGCCUGCCGCCGGCGUUGGGGGAGGCGGUGCCCGGUGCCGCCCCUCGCUGCGGGGAGCGGGUGGCGAUGCGGCCGCGUCAGGAGGGCGCGGGGGGCCGGGCCCGGGCCCGGCGGGCUCGGGCGGUGGCGUGGGGCAGAGCCGCCGCCGCGGACCGUGAGGAGGAGGAGGAGGAGGAAGAGGCGGCAGCGGCGGGGCGGCCCCUCGGGAGGCUGAAGGCAGCGGAGAGCGACAGCGACGACAGCGGGAGCCCCCCCAGCGGUGCGGAGGAAGAGGAGGAGGAGGAGGAGGCGGGGGCUGGAGGGAGAGAUCAAUCUCAUGUGUCUUUCGAGGAACUCCUGCGGGAGCAGAGUGAUAUGAGAACAAGAGUGUGCAAGCAGGUGACCGGUGGGAAGAAAACCACAAAACCUACCAAAGCUACGGUGAAGCAGCAACAAGGCAAAAAGGGGCCAUUGGAGAUGUCUGCCAAGAAGCCUGUACCUUUUCUGCGACAAGUUGUCUCUGUUAAAAAGAAGGUCCACAGAGACCCUCGAUUUGAUGACCUGUCUGGAGAGUACAAGCCUGAAAUAUUUAUGAAGACGUACAGCUUCCUGGACAGCAUCAAGAAGCAGGAGAAAGAGAUGGUUCAGAAGCAGCUGAAAAAAUGCCGGGAUGUGGAGCAGAAGGAGAAACUCCAGCAGCUCCUGAACCGCAUGACUCAGCAAGAACAGGCACAGAAAAAACAGCAGAAGUUGAGGGAGAGGGAGCUGUUUUUUAAGAGACAACAGAGGGAAUUGGCCAAGCAGGGAAAGAAACCCUUCUUCCUAAAGAAAUCUGAGAAGCGGAAAUUGGAGCUAGCUGAGAAGUAUGCGGAGCUGAAGAGGAGUGGAAAGCUGGAGAGCUUCCUGAACAAGAAGAGGAAGAGGAAUGCCAUCAAAGACAAGCGCCGUCUGCCCUCACAGCAGGACUUGUGACUGCUGGACAGACAUGCUGUUGACUGGCACUGGGACUUCCUCUGCCCUGGCCAGGCCUGGAAGAUGGCCAUCCCUCUUCACAGUGUCUGCCUUUCACUGUACAGUGAUCCUGUUAGGCAGCAGAGCAGAGGCUGAACUGAAGGGAAUAGUGCUUUUUGUAGCUGAAAUGCCCUCUUCACUUGUGGUUUAUGUCGUGCCUGUGUGGCGACAAGUCUGUCAUGCAGAUGCACGUAGUGUUGACAGCCAUCUCUGUCCUUGCAUCUAUCUCCUCAUAUCUUCCUCUAGCUAGGAGAGCUGGAGCCCUACCCUGCAGUGCUGGCUCUACUCCAGGUCUUAUCAGACACCAGCUGAGGUGGUGGACCUUAGGUGGGAUGGCUGCGGUACAACGAAUGCUCAGAGCCACGGUAGCACUGACUUUGGACCAGGUUGCCCGAAACUUCUUCAGUUGGGUCUGGGAAUGUCCAAGGGCAGGUGCCACCCACCUCUCUUGUCCUCUGCUCCACUGCUUCAAGUUCUCAAGAUGAAACUUGGGGUUUUUCCCUCCUCCAGGAAACCUGCCUGGUUUUAGCCCAUAAUCAUUGUCUUGUUCUUAGUGAAGUGCCUGGCUCCAUCUUCUCAGUAGCCUUGCCUGGGGGUGGGGUGGGUGGGAAAGGGGUGUCUUUAGGUCUCCCCAAAGCUGCCUAUUCCUGAGGGUAAAUAAACCCUAUUCCCUCAGUCUUUCCUUGCAGCACUCCAGCCUUUGUCAACUUCCACAUCCUUGACUGGAGUCAGCCCCGAGGACCAAUAUCUAUCUGCCGGGGGCCCAGCCUAGUUGCAGUAACUGGAUAUAGUCUCUUUAAGUGCUGAGUAGAGGGGAGAGGAUUACACCCCUCUGUGCAGGCUGCACCCUGGUGAUGCAGACCCUGGUGCAGCUCGCCUUCCUCACAACCAGUGCAUGCUGCUGACUGUGCUCAGGUGCUGCUGCCUGGGAUCUCUGCUGGAGGGCCGCCUCUCUUCUUGGCUUCUCAAGGUGGUCUCUACAGGGCUAUUAAUGCUUCUAGGAAACUGUUUCAGGAUGAAAUAAAAUACCUCUGUUUUCCUUUA